AUGGCUAUUGCACAAAGGCUUCUCAUCACUAUGUCCUACGAAGCCAGCAUUCACUUGACGUUCCCUGCUGUUGUUCUCCUGGGCUUUCUGGCUGAGAUUAUCUUUCCAUACCCAGUUGUCGUCAGAACAAAUGGCACCCUGUUGGACAGAGGAUGGGAGUCUAUCUUAUCCAGGUCCCUUGCUGGAAUGUCAGGGGAGAAAUCUGAAGUCAACUGGGAGACUGACUAUUUGCUAGGAAUCAAGAGGCGGCGGAGGCUUUACUGCAACGUGGGCAUUGGGUUUCAUCUCCAGAUAUUUCCAGAUGGACAGAUAAGUGGUGUUCAUGCUGAAAACCAAUACAGUCUCUUGGAAAUAUCAACAGUAGAGAGAGGUGUGGUUAGUCUGUUUGGUGUCAAAAGUGCACUCUUUAUUGCAAUGAACAGCAAUGGCAGAUUAUAUGGCACGGCAAUUUUUCAAGACGAAUGUAAAUUCAAAGAAACUCUCCUUCCCAACAACUACAAUGCCUAUGAAUCGGACAUGUACAAAAGCUUUUACAUAGGACUCAGCAAACAUGGGAGAGCAAAAAGAGGAAGCAGAGCCUCUCUUGCUCAGACUGUCACACACUUUUUACCCAGAUUAUGAAGACCAGAGUAAAAUGCAUUUAAACUGCCCUAUUUCAAUUUGCACAUGAGAAUCACCUCCCAGGUAAAGAAUAUAUAUUCACUCAUUUGUUCAUAUAUAUGCAUAUAUAGAUGAAAUCAUUUGUACAGGAUCCACCACACUAAUUUUUCUAUACCGAUUUCAAAACAACUCCCCUUGAGAUAGGAAUUGUCUAAUUUUGUCAAUAGUGAAUUUUUUGCAUUUACAUGAAGCCAAAAAAAAAAAAAGCAAAUCAGCGGUGUAGAUGCAGAACUGGGGUCUGGCUGAUUUUGGGUACUUGCCACAGUUACUGCUCUUUCAGUGUAACUUCAACAGAAAACAAACAUAUCUGAGAUUUUUAGUAGCGUGAUGAAUCGUUUUUCAGUUCCUUCCCACUUCAAUCAUUUGCAUACAAUGUUCUCAUAGAUCAAGCUCAUUAUAUUAGGUUUCCAAAUUGUGUUAUCAGGAACCCUGGAGUUUAUUGGACCUUCAUGGGGGAUUUCUUAAAGGGAAGACUUGCUAUGUUUGCAGCUCUAGAGGUUUGCUGGGUGUGUUGCAGGGCACAAGCAGUUCACACAUGGCAGUGGUAAGGAUCAAUGUGGUGUUCAAAGACCUGGGACGCUUAGAAAUAAGAACUUGAUUUAGGCUGAACUUUGCAAAAGAACUGGUUUGUUGUUAGGGUUGCCAUAUUUCAAAAAGUAAAAACCCAGGACACCCCAAAAGUUGUUGUGCUUAUUUUAGGAAAACCCAAAUGCUGUUGAGCUUUUUUCAGACAAGAUCUUGACUUGCCUAAGAUCUAGGACAUAGAAUCAUAGAAUCGUAGUUGGAAGAGACCACAAGGGCCAUCCAGUCCAACCCCCUGCCGAGCAGGA